UUAUUAGCUAAGAUCAAAGUGUAGUAUCUGUUCUUAUCGUAUUAACCUACGGUAUACACUCGAAUGAGUGUAAUAAAGGUUAUAUGAUUUUUGGAACCUAGGGAAGACUCGGGGCUUGCUCCGACUUCCCAAGGGUCGUCCUGGCGUUGCACUGCUGCCGGGCUCGGCCCAGUCCCCGAGGGGACAAAAUAAGCUUGCAGAAUAGUGAAAAAUCAAUUUUCAAAAAAUAAAGUAUAGUUGUUAAAUAGACAUUCAAUUUUAACUUGGCCUUUAAAAACUAUAAGAAAAGUCACUCAACUUAUUCCCAAAUUGACACUCCACGUAAAAGACGUGACCCAUAGGUCAUAAUUGUAAGCAUUUCCCUCCCCCCCCCCCACUCAAAAUCGAAAACAAAAUAAGAAUCAUACCUCAACUCUCAUCCCGAACCGGAUAGACGAUUGAACACCAUGGCUGCUUUCCUGCCAAUUGCCUUGAGCAUUGCUAUGCUCACCGUGCUCACCAAUGCCAAUCCAAUUCACCCGGUCCCAAAUGCGGCCUUCCUUCCCUAUCGUUCCUGUGGAUCCCAUCUUGUUCAUCGCGCUUUUGAAGCUUGCAGUGGGAAGAAAGAUCGCAGCAGUGAUGUGGAUCUUUGGAAGAUGUGCUGCAAGGACGAGUGUACCGAUCUGGACAUCAAGGAGUCUCUGUGCAAGUACGCUUCGCAAGGAUAUGGAGUAAAGUUUGAGGAGGAAGCCGAAGAAAUCGAUAUGGUCAGCUUUGCGGCGGAGGGUUUUAAAAAGAGCUGUGGACAUGAUAUUGUUGUGAAGACAGUCAAUGUACCGACGAAAAUAUCAUUGAAGCAAUGUGCCCGAACAAGGGGGUGGCGCCGGCGGCGGCCUAGAAGAAUCCCGGACAAGUUCAAUCGAGUGCAAAACUAUGCCUGUAUUAAUUGUGUAAAAAUAAAGUAAUGUAUGUAUAA